AUGGGUGACUGGAGUUUCUUGGGGAACAUUUUAGAGCAGGUGAACGAGCAAUCCACUGUCAUCGGGAGAGUUUGGCUGACAGUGCUCUUCAUUUUCCGCAUCCUGAUCCUGGGCACGGCAGCCGAGCUCGUGUGGGGGGACGAGCAGUCAGACUUUGUGUGCAACACCCAGCAACCUGGUUGUGAGAACGUCUGCUACGAUGAGGCCUUCCCCAUCUCCCACAUCCGGCUCUGGGUCCUGCAGAUCAUCUUUGUAUCCACCCCUUCGCUAAUGUACUUCGGGCAUGCUGUGCACCACGUCCGCAUGGAGGAGAAGAGGAAAGAGAGGGAGGAAGCUGAGAGGCGCCAGCAAGCUGAGGUGGAUGAAGAGAAGCUGCCCCUGGCUCCAAACCAAAACAAAGGCAACAACCCUGAUGGAACCAAGAAGUUUCGCCUGGAAGGUACUCUUCUGAGAACCUACAUCUUCCACAUCAUUUUCAAAACCCUCUUUGAGGUGGGAUUCAUAGUAGGUCAGUACUUCCUGUAUGGCUUCCGAAUUCUCCCCCUUUACCGCUGCGGGCGGUGGCCCUGUCCCAAUCUUGUGGACUGUUUUGUCUCCAGGCCCACGGAGAAGACCAUCUUCAUUAUGUUCAUGCUGGUGGUGGCUUCCGUGUCCCUCUUCCUCAACCUGGUGGAGAUCAGUCAUUUGAUCUUGAAAAGGAUCCGGAGGGCUCUGAGGAGGCCGGCAGAGGAGCAGCUUGGAGAGGUCCCCGAGAAGCCCCUCCACGCCAUCGCAGUCCCCUCCAUCCCAAAGGCCAAAGGCUACAAGCUGCUGGAAGAAGAGAAGCCAGUGUCCCACUAUUUCCCUCUCACGGAAGUAGGGGUUGAGCCCAGCCCCCUUCCAUCAGCCUACAAUGAGUUUGAGGAGAAGAUUGGGAUGGGACCACUGGAAGAUCUCUCCAGAGCAUUCGAUGAGAGGUUACCGUCGUACGCGCAAGCGAAGGAACCAGAAGAGGAGAAGGUACGAGCAGAGGAGGAGGAACGAGAGGAGGAGCAGCCAGGGCCUCAGGAAGAGCCAGGGGUGAAGAAAGCAGAAGAGGAGGCGGUGAGAGAUGAAGUGGAAGGGCCUUCAGCACCUGCUGAACUUGCCGCUGAUAUGAGACCCCUGAGCAGGCUAAGUAAAGCCAGCAGCCGGGCCAGGUCAGAUGAUUUGACUGUAUGA